AUGAUUUCAAGAAGUAAAUUAGCACUGAGGCAGUCAUCUGUAGCCAAAAGAGCGCUCACUGGCGCUUCGAAGAGAUCUCUCUCUGUCACGCCACGCCUGUGUACUUUCAAGUCGGAUCUCAGCCAUCGUGAUCAAUUGCUUCAUUUAUUAUCAAAUAUCAGCUCCAGACAAGAAAUCGAGCGCUACUUGCGCGUCUUCUCGUCUACAACCAACAAAAACUUUGCAGUAAUUAAGGUUGGUGGUGCUAUCACCACGUCUCCAGACCUCAUUCACUCUCUCGCUGUCCUACACAAACUCGGCCUUCACCCCGUCGUCCUUCACGGCGCUGGUCCACAGCUCAAUCAGAAGCUUGAGGAUGCAGGCGUUGUACCUGACUACAUUGACGGCAUUAGAAUUACUGACCCUAAAACUCUCCAAAUCGCCCGUGAAACGUUCUUGGAAGAGAAUUUACGUAUGUGUGAUGAGCUCGAGAAGCUCGGUUCAAGAGCACGUCCAAUUCCAGCAGGUGUCUUUACCGCCUCCUACCUCGACAAGGACAAGUAUGGGUAUGUCGGCAAGAUCGACAAGGUCAACAAGGAGCCAAUCGAGGCUGCAAUCAAAGCUGGUUACCUUCCAAUCUUGACUUCAAUUGCUGAGACGGCAGACGGUCAACUUCUCAACGUGAAUGCUGAUGUCGCUGCUGGUGAGCUCUCAAAGUCUCUCGAACCUCUCAAGAUUGUCUACUUGAACGAGAAGGGUGGUAUUUUCCAUGGCGUGUCCAACGAACUCCUCGAAACUAUUAACUUGGAUGAGGAGUAUGAUGGUCUCAUGAAAGAAGAAUGGGUUCGUUACGGUACCAAACUUAAGUUGCGCGAAAUCAAAGAUCUCCUUGAUCACCUCCCACGCUCGUCCUCUGUUGCUAUCAUCUCAGCCGACCAGCUCCAAAAGGAAUUAUUCACUGACUCCGGUGCUGGUACCCUUAUCAGAAGAGGUUAUAAGCUCUUCAAGAGCUCCUCCAUUGAAGAGGUCGGCACUGAAAAACUCCGUAAGGUUCUCGAGGAGCGUGAACCUGAAAUUAAGUCUGGUUUGAAAACCGCUUCCGAAUUCUUUGCCGACUUGAAGCAACACCCAUACACCAUUUACGGUGAUGAGCCACAAGACGUCGUUGCUAUUGUUUCUCACCCAGAAGGUGAAGUGCCAGUGCUGAGGGCAUUUUUGCCAUCUACAAACGGUGUAUUAAACAAUGUCGUCGAAAACGUCUGGGCACAGCUGCGCAAGAACUACCGUAAGCUCUUCUGGGCUGCUCGUGCAGACGAUGAAUUGCGUGCAUGGCACUUUGAGAAGGCUGAUGGCUCAUUCACUCGUGCUGGCGGAUCAUUGUUCUGGUACGGAGCUCAGUCUAUUUCGGAAGUUGAGCAGACUGUCAAAGAAUUUGAAAACAAAGGCCGUAUUGAGCGCUCAUUCCUGCCAGUGGGCCCACCACCGGCUAGUCGCAGAACACUCAUGACCUCCGCCCGCCCAUCAGUCACCCAAGCUGUAGCAAUGCAGAUGAAGGCCAGAAGAGGUUACGCAACUGAAGCACCAAAGUCUAAGAAAGUUGCUUUGAUUGGCGCUCGUGGCUACACGGGUCAAAACCUCGUCUCAUUGCUCAAUGCUCACCCAAAUAUCGACUUGGUGGCCGUUUCAUCCCGUGAACUUGCAGGAAAGUCUCUGCAGGGCUACGACAAGUCCAACGUCCAAUACGAAGCUUUAGGCCCUAAGGAAUGUGCGGAGAUGGAAAGAAGGGCUGAUGUAGAUGCGUUUAUAAUGGCCCUACCAAAUGGUGUAUGCAAGCCAUUUGUCGAUGCCAUCACUUCGGCUAGGGAGGCACGCGAAGGCAAGGGUAGUGUUAUUGUUGACUUAUCAGCAGACAUGCGUUUCGAAGACAGUUGGACUUACGGUUUACCUGAGUUAUACGGUCGUGAUGAGAUAAAGCAAUCUACGCUUAUCUCCAACCCAGGAUGUUACGCUACCAACACUCAGCUCCUGCUCGCGCCACUCCUGCCAUACCUCAAGCAAGGCAACCAGCCAACGGUGUUUGGUAUGAGUGGAUAUUCGGGCGCAGGUACAAAGACGGGCGAGAAAGACAGUAAUGGUGUUCCAGUGACGCUCCCAAAGAUGGACGAUGUAGCAUUGGGAGGAGCAUGCAAACCAUAUGCUCUCACUGACCACAUCCACGAACGCGAGGCUGGAUUUCACUUGUCCAAGUUGGGUGCUGGUGGUAUCAAUGUAGCGUUUACCCCAAUUGUCGGACCAUGGUUCCAAGGAAUUGUCAGUGUGGCAUCCCUUCCCCUCGAACGCGACCUGAGAGCCUCGGACGUGCGCAAGCUCUACGAAGAUAGAUAUCAGAACGAGAAGCUGAUAAAAUUCAUUAAUGAGGUACCUACUAUCCCUGACAUCGCUGGCAGGCACGGCUGGAUUGGCGGUGGUGUUCAAGUACACUCUAAAGGCGAGCGUGUAGUCGUCGUCGGUGCUCUCGACAACCUCCUCAAGGGCGCCGCUACCCAAUGCAUGCAGAACCUCAACAUUGCACUUGGAUUGGAUGAGUAUGCUUCCAUCCCUCUUUAG